CCAUGAGCUACGGCCGGCCGCCGCCCGACGUGGAGGGCAUGACCUCGCUCAAGGUGGACAACCUGACCUACCGCACGUCGCCCGACACGCUGCGCCGCGUGUUCGAGAAGUACGGCCGCGUGGGCGACGUGUACAUCCCGCGCGACCGCUACACCAAGGAGUCGCGCGGCUUCGCCUUCGUGCGCUUCCACGACAAGCGCGACGCCGAGGACGCCAUGGACGCCAUGGACGGCGCCGUGCUGGACGGCCGCGAGCUGCGCGUGCAGAUGGCGCGCUACGGCCGCCCGCCCGACUCGCACCACAGCCGCCGCGGCCCGCCGCCCCGCCGCUACGGGGGAGGCGGCUACGGGCGCCGCAGCCGCAGCCCGCGCCGACGCCGUCGAUCCCGCUCCCGCUCCCGGAGCCGCAGCCGCAGCCGGUCCCGCUCGCGCUACAGCCGCUCCAAGUCGCGCUCCCGCACCCGCUCGCGCUCGCGCUCCACGUCCAAGUCGCGCUCGGCCCGCCGCUCCAAGUCCAAGUCGUCGUCGGUGUCGCGCUCCCGCUCGCGAUCGCGCUCCCGCAGCCGCUCCCGCAGCCCGCCGCCCGUGUCCAAGAGGGAGUCCAAGUCGCGCUCGCGCUCCAAGAGCCCCCCGAAGUCGCCCGAGGAGGAGGGAGCCGUGUCGUCGUAGGCCGCC